GGGGCUCCAAGGAGGGAUCGGGAGGGAUUUUUUUUUUGGUUGGCCUUUUUAUUUUUUUGCUCUUGGAUCCUGAUGCCAUCCCCCCUCCCCCCAAAGUGAGGUCCUCCCUCCUUCCUUCCCUCCUCCUUCUCCUCGCAGGCCAGCGAAGCAGCCGAUCAAGGGGGAGCUGGCGGGUUAGGUGCCCCCCUCUUCUCCCUGCCCUCCCCCCCCUCCCGGCCCGCUUCUCGCGUCUCCCCCCAGAGAUGAUGCAGCAGGACGAGUCAAACUCUCCAGUCUCCCCCGCCGACGACAGCUUGAGCAACAGCGAAGAGGAGCCGGACCGGCAGCAGCUGCCCAACAACAAGAGAGGGGGGCGCAAGCGCCGCUCCAGCCGCCGCAGCGCCGGCGGCUCCGUCGGGGCCGCGGACGAGCCGUGCAGCCCGGCCCAAGGCAAGCGGGGCAAGAAGUGCGGGGCGGGCGGGGGCGGCGGCGGCGGCGGCAGCAGCAGUGGCGGCGGCAGCCCCCAGUCCUACGAGGAGCUGCAGACCCAGCGGGUCAUGGCCAACGUGCGGGAGCGGCAGCGCACGCAGUCGCUGAACGAAGCCUUCGCCGCCCUGCGGAAGAUCAUCCCCACGCUGCCCUCGGACAAGCUGAGCAAGAUCCAGACCCUCAAGCUGGCGGCCAGGUACAUCGACUUCCUCUACCAGGUCUUACAGAGCGACGAGCUGGACUCCAAGAUGGCAAGCUGCAGCUAUGUGGCCCACGAGCGGCUCAGCUACGCCUUCUCGGUGUGGAGAAUGGAGGGCGCCUGGUCCAUGUCCGCAUCCCACUAGCAGGCGGCGUCCCCCACCCGCAUCCCCCCGGCAGGAGCCCUAGAUGACAUUGUUCCCACAGAAGGAGAGAAUGGACAAUCUAGAGACUCUGAAGUUGGAUACGAUUUUUUUUUUUUAUCUUUUCUAACCAAAAAAUGUACCAAGGAUUUCUUGGAAAUUAGAAGAGUAAAAUCCAAAUUCAAAGCAGGGCGUGGGGAGCACUUAAGGAAAGAGAAAGAGAGAAGGGCUUUGGACAGUGACUACCCUCUGGGCGUCGGUACAAUCCACACAUCUCUGCAUUCUGAUAGAAGUCUGAAUCGUUCGAUUUUAUUUUUUUUUUUUAAUUUUGACGAAGAAUGUUGGAAUCGAACUUUUUUUUUGUUUGCCCUUUUUUUUUUUUUGCAUGCAUGCAUUCCCAAGAGGUCGUGCUUAUGAGCCACUGAUGAAAGGAAAUACAUUAUUGUGGACUUUCUUCAUUCUUAAAUGAAACCAAGCAGCCAACCAAAAAUAUCCCUGUAGAGAUGAAAACCUUUUUUAUUUUUUUUUUAAAUUUUUUUAGGGGGGAAUAAGCUGGGCUCAAACUGUCAUAUACCCGGUUCCUAACUUUUUUAUUAUUAAUAUUUUUCCUCUGAGAAAAAAAA